AAGCGACUGGUGGCCACGGCACCAACCACCAAGCCGCCAACAACGCUCAAUGUCCACUUUCACCCUCGCUCACUCGACAACUUCAACCAGCUUUCUCCCCACUUCACACAGACUGCUUUCUCCAGCCGGCUGCCGGAAGGAAGCAUCAUGUCCGUGACAUUGAAGACAGACGUUGGCGAUAUUAAGAUCGAGUUGCAUUGUGAGCUUGUACCGAAGACAUGUGAAAAUUUUUUGGCCCUAUGUGCCAGUGGAUAUUACGAUGGAUGCAUCUUUCAUCGAAAUAUGAAAGGCUUUAUGGUUCAGACGGGAGAUCCAACCGGAAACGGAAAAGGAGGAAAUUCUAUUUGGGGCAAGAAAUUUCCAGAUGAGUUUAAAGAAGAGCUCAAGCACGCAGCAAGAGGAGUUGUCAGUAUGGCAAACAGUGGACCUAAUUCUAAUGGAUCACAAUUUUUUAUUUCAUACGAUGCGCAACCACAUUUAGAUCUCAAGUACACAAUUUUUGGCAGAGUAAUUGAUGGAAUGGAUGCCUUGGACGAAUUAGAAAAAUUACCUGUAAAUCCUAAAAAUUACAAACCCUUAACAGAUACUAGACUAUUGUCUGUAGUAAUUCACGCUAACCCUUUAGCCACAGCAUCUUAAAGUGACGCAUAUGUCUGAAUUUAUUUAUAGUCCAGUCAGACUGAUUUUAUAUUUUUAGUAGCUAUUUUGUAUAACAUAUAAAGAUCUUAAAUAAGUCACAUAAUUGAACUAAGAUUAAAGAAAAUGCCAUCCAAUCAA